UGGAAAAGACCGCAUUGUCAGACAUUUCCUUCCUCAGCUCCGAAGCCCAGGCUUUCUUAAACGGGCGGCAGCUCUACAGAUCUAAACUUUUCACCAUGCCGCCUGGUGCGAUCGUUUUGCAAGGGAUUGUUCUUACACCAGCUGGCACUAAACGCAAACGUGCACUUAUACCGCAUACCCCCUUCCUACAUGUAUUAGUUGGCCAUGACCCAAUCACCGGGAAACCUGUGCUUUACUGUAAAAAUGGCCUGGACAAGGUGACGGUCUGGGGAUACACUACAGGUUCUUGUGAGUGGAUAGAAGUUUGUGGAUAUGGCAAAGACGGCCACAAGACCUGCAACAACAAUCACUACACCAGCAACACGCCGUACAGGUGCGAGUGUUGUGAGGGACAGUUUGCUAAAGACGACUGCAUUUGCGACGCUGGAGGCAAUAACACAUCCAGUCCGUUUGAUUAACCAUUGCGCAUCUCCGCAAAACGCUUUGCCUGAGGAAGGCUCUUCAGUAGAACCUAAAAUCAGAAAAAAAA